AACUAUUCACCUAGUGUGCUUUUAAUACGCACCCAAGUCGGGAGUGUGGAAACAAAUUUUUUAACUUGUGUUGUCUUACGUGUCUCACAUCGUGAAAAGUGACAUUUUAAACAAUUUUAAUUGGAACAUAUGCAUGUAUGUAGCUCCAUAUUAGAUAAAGUGCUGUAACAAGCUACGGUAAAUGGUUUCAGAAAACAACAACAACAACAAUAGAAAAGGUCGAGGAACUUCUGGAGCAUUGUCCAUACAUUGUCUAUACAUUUCAUCGCGUACAGUUUUACCUUUCCGAGUGUGAACUGAACUAAACGCAACUAACUGAACGAAGGCCCUUAAAAAUGUGCGCAAUGAACAUAAAUUCGUGCUAUCGAGAUCGAUGUGGCGUCAUAAAUUGUAAUGUUAAUUAAACUGCGAACUUGUUUGGAUGUGUAUAUAUGUGUCUAUGUGUGACAUGUGAAUUUGCUGCGAAUUAUUCGAAAAAAUCCGUAAACUAAGCCCGGAAACGGAUACGCUAUUUAGAAGCUAAAAUAAAGUAAGAUUGAGCACCAUCGGGAGCUGUUGUAUUGUAAAUGUACUUAUGUGAAAAAACUGUUAAAAAGCACAUCAGGAUUUUUGCUAAGUAAACGAGAUCAAAGCUGCUGUAAUAGUAUUAAAUCCUUUAAACGAAGAGCCACAAAGCCACAGCUUAUAAAGAAUGACAAGUAUGUCAUCAUCGUCACCAACCCUUCCAGCAACGGCUUCGCGACGACAACUAUCCAUCAUUCGUUCAAAUCAUCAUUACAACCUAAGUAUUGCACAUAUUGCCGCAACAGCACGGCAUAAUCAUCCACAUAAUGCUUGCAACAUAACGCCACUAAGCGGUAUCAGUGCGCCACAUUUAAAACUCUGCAACAACAAAAAGUUCCUAUUAAUUUUAUUUCUCUGCUCCUCGUUUCUACUGCUUGCUUGCAAUUGUCUACCUAGAGUUACGGCGGACACAAAUCCACGCAUACCCCACAGACGACCGAGAGCGGAGCCGGGCAUAUGCACAAGCAUCGAUGUGCGUAAUGAAUGUGAAAGUCUGAAUCAAUUGCAUAACUGCACUUCUAUUCGUGGCUUUCUGUUGAUAGUCCUUUUGCCGACGAUUCGCCAGGAGUCGGAUCGAUGUGUUUAUGAGAAUUAUAGUUUCCCUUUAUUGCGUGAAAUCACCGAUUUUCUGAUAUUCCACGAUGUGAAGGGACUGCGCAAUAUACGCGAUAUGUUUCCCAAUUUGACUGUGAUACGUGGACGUCGAUUGUUCCUGAACUAUGCGCUUGGCCUUACAAGAAUGCCCGAUUUAGAAGUGCUGGAGUUUAGAUCAUUAAUAGCCAUACAACGUGGGCACGUUUAUAUAAAUAACUGUCCAAAGCUAUGCCAUUUAGACAAGAUUAAUUGGGAUCGGCUCACUUUAUCGGUGGGUGAAAAUCACGUAUUUUCCACAGCGCCAGAAGAAGUAUGUCCAAACAAAACUGUGUGUCAAGGCUGUGCUACGGAAUACUGUUGGUCUAAUAAUGUUUGCCAACGCUUUGAAAAUGAUAAUAUAAUCGAAUCGAAGCAAGGUAUCCAGCAUUGUCAUAGCGAAUGUUUGGGCGGUUGCUAUAACAGUUCCAGUAAUGGUUGCUGGACCUGCAAGAAUUUAAUUGAUCAUGGCGCAUGCGUAAAAGAGUGUCCACCAAAUAAGUAUUUAUAUGACAUUGAUAAAAUGUGCUAUACCGAGGACGAAUGCACGAAAAGUUUGAAUAUGACUAUCAAGGGCAACAAAUGCUUGUUAGAGUGUCCGGAAGGUUGGGUAUUCGAUAUCAAUGGACGCGAUGCUAUCGGUUGUAUUCCUUGUGAAUCGGGAAUGCGCUUUGAUGUGUAUCCGGUUUCCAACUUGGCUGAUGCCGAUCGCAUACGUGGUUGUUCGUUACUCAAUGCAAGUGUUAUUAUAUCGAUUCGCACCACGAUUAACGAAGAUGAUUUAGCAAACAGUUUGAGUAGUUUGCGCAACAUAACUGGCCAUUUGAAAAUUUUCAGAUCUUCUGGACUUACUAGUUUAAAGUUUCUAUCGAGUAUACAGUCGAUUAGCUCUGAUGCGGAUCUUUUGGAAGCUGGCGUGUAUGGACUCGUCUUAUAUGAUAAUGAAAAUUUGAAAGAUUUAUGGCAACUAAAAAAACUCAAAAUUGUGCACGGCAGCAUGUAUGUGCAUUUAAAUAAAAAACUAUGUAAUCGUAAAUUACGCGAAUUCGUACGAAAUGUGGAGCACGAUCGUUCGAAGAGCUCAAUACAGGUGAACGAUCAGGAGGUACUAUGCGAUCCGGCGGUAUUGACGUUGAGCAUUGAGGUGUUGUCCCAUCGCUCGGCGAAAUUCAGCUGGCCCAAGGUGCAAACAUCCAAGGAAGUGGAAAUUAUGUAUCGCGCGAUCGCUCCAAAUGAAGAAUUUGUCGAGCAUAGCGAGUUAGAUAGCCAUGUGUGUGACAGAGUCCAAUGGACGCGUGUACUCGUUUUUCCAAAGGAUCUACCAAGCAAUGAUACCCACUACAGCUACACAGCGGAAGAUUUGAAACCACACACUCGUUACGCAUGUCUGGUAAAAACCUUCGGAGUCGACGAUAUAUAUGAUGCACGAAGUGAUUUGAAGUAUAUCGUUACAAAAAUGGAGUUGCCAGGUCCACCCACCAUCAACGUCACAAAGAAAACUGACGUUUCACUCACAAUAAAGUUGGAACAUUCGAGCAAAGAUAUAGUUAGCCAUUAUGUUUUACAACUGUACGAACAUCCCGACGUUCAAGAGGUGUUGGACCAACGUGAUUUCUGCAUGGAACCGAGUUACAUAUACCAUGAAGGUGACACUGUCAAAACCGAUGAAGAUCAGGAUACCUGUUGCUCGCGUAAGGAAGAAGAGGUGGAUGAUCAGCGUUUCACACGAAAUAUGCAGACACUUUUCGCUUGUGACUUAGAUCACAAACAGAAUUGCGCGCCAGACGCCAGUACGAGUAAGGCAGAGGGCAGCACAGGCAUAACCAGAACAAUGAAAGCAAUGCUACAAUUAAAUUUGGAUGCAACGGAUGGCAGUCCGACAACUAUUCCGCGUCUCGAUCGUUUUCACUUAUAUACCAUACAGGUGCAGUCCUGCAAUGAAAUCGGUUGUGGGGCAUAUGCGUUCCACUGGACGCGCACUAACUUUUCCAGUGGCAGCGAACGUUUGGAAACUUUGCACGCGUGUCGUGUAUCAGAUCUUAAUGAAUUUCAUGUGUAUUUCGAAGAACCGAAGCAUCCGAAUGGCCUGAUCACCUCAUACGUGGUACACUUCCGUCAAGUACUGCCGAAUGUUACGAAAUAUAGAAGUCACGUCGAAUGCGUGACACGAACCCAACAUAUAUACAACGAUUACCAUGUAAUCGCACAAUUGAGCUCACCAUUCAACGAGGUAGCCGUACGUGUGUAUUCGCUGGCUGGCGGCUUCUUCACCAAUUGGAUGCCGAUCACUAUUUGUCCGUUUGAAGAGUCUGCCAUUAAAGUGGGAUCGGUCGUUGAUCACGAUCACAUGGUCGCUAAAGUAAUUUUGAUAUUAGUAAUAUUCACUGUCUGUGCAAUCACUGUAUGGGCAGCUUUUAAAUGGUGGCGAAAUAUUAGAAGUUGGUGGCGUAAUUUGGCUUUGUUUUGGGCUCGGCAACAGCGGCAGCGGCGUAAUGACGACGCUGGAAGUGCACUGGUGUCUUAUCGGCCUCAACGCGAAGAGGAUCGAUUGGACACUGAGUAGAAAAACAAAAAAAUAAACGGGCAAAAAAAGAAAUAUAUCGGCAGGGUUUUCAAAAACAAGAUCGUUAUUGUAUUA